AUGGCGGAGACGGGGGAAGCGCAGCCGAACGAGUUGAAAGCCGCCGCAAUUCCCGUCGAUGGUCUCACUUUUGUGGAUGAAGCCAAACUGCACUCAGACUUCCGUCGGCUGAAGGGCAACCAGAUGUACUUCGUGGACCACUGCGUGUUCUACGAAAGGAACGGUGGACGCGGCGAGCGCCGCAUUUUCGCCCUCACCCCCACGGCCUUCUUUGUGCUUGACCAUCACGGUGCGAUGGAGCGGGCGAGCCCCUACGACCUCAUUGCGGCCAUCUACCAGAAGAAAACAAAGGACAAGCGGGCGCUGUUCAGUGCGGCCGAGCACCACCUGCUACUGAAGAUCCCGAGCGAAAUUGAUUGCCACGUCAGCUUUGGCAACCCUGCCGUCUUGCAGAAGUGUGUGCACGUGUUCGUCACGCUGCUGCAGGCGCAGCGUGGGACGGCCGUCAGCGUGAAGGAGGUCCCAGCCGAAAAGGAAAUUGAGUUCUUCUGCAGCGAGCUGCGGCCGGAGGGGUAUUACACCCCGCGGGAAGUGGCGGAAAUAAAUCGUCAGCGAUCCCACUUUGCGACCUACAUCCGCGAGGGCCGGGCGCAGGUGACGGGGCUGCUCUCGGAGAUAGAGGCAGCCAAAGCCCAAAUUGCGGCCCACGAGGAGGAGGUGGAAGACCUCAAAAGAAAAGGCAUUGACGAGACGUCCAUUCGAACGCGCAAGGCGAACUUGGAGGGGCAGCAGGUGCGGCUGCAUAGGCAGAUGUCACACAAGCACGACGAGUGCGAGAGGGUGCUCGACAGCGUCAAGGUGCUGCAGGAGCGGUUGGCGGCGGCGCGUGACAACACGGAAGGGCUGGUGGAGAAGGGUCUGGCGGAGCGGAGAGCGGAGGUGAAUAAAAAACAUGAGGAAGCGGCUGACCUUCGCCGCGCUGCUCAUCAGAAGGAGAAAAAUGCCCUCGUAGGGACCAUUGCUGUGGACAAGAAGGAGCUGCACGCCGUAUGGGCGGGUGCGACGGACGCCAAGAGACGGGGGCUGGUGGCGCAGGUUGAAGCGUCGCUUGUGGCGCUGGAGCGGGAGGAUGAGUCCGCGUACCGCCUACAGAAGUUUCUCGCCACCAUCAACGGCGAAUUACAGCUGCACAGUGAUCAGAUCAGCGCACUUAAUCUUGAGAAGCAAAAUGUGCUGAAUGAGCGUGAAAAGAAGACAGUGGGGCCUUCACAGGCCGCGGCGGCUGCCGCAGUCGAGGGGGACCCGCUCGACGACCCCCUGCUUGGUUUGUCUGCGUCCCCCACAAAUGCCGUUGCCGCUGCCUUUGAGGAUCCGUUGGCGACUCCCCCCGCCGAAGAGGAUCUUCUCUGA